CGAUCUAUUCAUUUCUCUCUUGGAAUAUUGUUGCAGCUGAUCAAGGACAUGGCACAGGCUAUGGCUUCAAUGGCUGGUUUACGUGGAUCAUCUCAAGUUCCCCUUGAAGGCAGCUUUCAGAUGGGUGGCUCAACACGCUUGAACAACAGUACUGUAGCAUUGACCAGGCCUGGUUUCACACUACGAGUUCAAGCUCAAGCUCAAGCUCAAGCUCAGCAGCAGAUGCCGGCUGAACCCGAAACCAGUCGUCGUGCUGUGCUUAGUCUUGUUGCUGCUGGUUUGGGCUCCGGGUCUUUUGUUCAAGCUGUGCUCGCUGCUGCUAAAUCCAUCCCUGUCGGCCCACCUCCCCCACCCUCUGGUGGACUCCCUGGGACUCUCAACUCUGAUGAGGCAAGAGACUUUGACCUGCCAUUGAAGGAGAGAUUCUUCAUUCAAGCACUUACCCCAGUAGGGGCGGCAAAGAGGGCAAAGGAAUCAGCUCAAGAUAUUGUUAAAGUGAAGGAGUUUAUAGACAAGAGGGCAUGGCCAUAUGUCAUGAAUGAUCUCCGUAACAAAGCAGGGUACCUGCGAUAUGACCUUAACACUGUCAUCAAUUCAAAGACAAAAGAAGAAAAGCAAUCUCUAAAGGAUCUCACAGGGAAGCUCUUCCAAGACAUCGACGAUCUGGACUAUGCUGCAAAAAUUAAGAGCUCCACUAAAGCUGAGAAGUACUAUGCUAAAACUGUGUCUACUCUGAAUGCUGUUCUUGCCAAGCUUGGCUAAAAGCAAUUAUAAAUGUACUUUGAUGUAAUAUUUGCCCAUCUUUUUUGUAAAAUACAUUGUCCAGAUUAUGUUUUCAAGGAAUGUAGUUGAGAAAAUUGCACA